AUGAUCGAGGAUGGUCUGGCUCAGAGGCGCCCGGAAGCACCAAGGUAUACCAAACCAGACCCGCCUGAAAUUGACCGAACCCCUCUUCCCCGAAACUACCGGUUGCCAGAAUUCAUUCUAUUCUAUGGGGAUGGGCCAACCUCCUCCAUCGAACACAUAGGCUGCUUCAUGGCCCAGUGCGGGGAGGCCGAUUCGGACGCCCAGAAGCUCCGUUUAUUCGUUCACUCUCUGACCGGGGCGGCCUUCUCGUGGUUCAUAAAUCUUCCGCCGAAUUCGGUGAGGGAUUGGUCUGACAUGGAAAGGAUAUUCCACGAACAUUUCUACCAGACCAAUCGGGAAAUAACAAUCGCCGAGCUGGCAAGGAUGAGCCAGGCGUCGGACGAAUCACCUCGCGACUACCUGCAGCGGUUCAAAAUGUGUAGGAAUUGGUACCGCAUAAACCUACCGGAGAGGGAAUUUGUCAAGAUGGCCGAAGAAGGGUUGGAAUUCGAAUACCGGAAGAAAUUCCAGGGGAUUGAAUUCCGGGACAUGCACGACUUGAUCAACAAGGUGGACCGAUACCCAUCCUUGUUGAAAGAAGACGUGCAGAAGAAGACGGGUUCAAAGGGGACUUACUAUCGGAAUCCCGUUGUCACCUAUGCCGAAGCAGACAAUCCUGCAGAGACCGAGGGCGAUGAAGUUGAGAUGAGCUCAGCCGAAGUCAGCAUAGACAGGCCAUUUGUCUGCAAAGGACUUGUCAAGGCUGACAAUAGCCACACAAAGAUUCCCAACGCCAAGUUUGCGACUCGAGAGACGAAGGCCUACACUUUUGAUUUGACCAGGGCCGAAGCCAUCUUUGACCUACUGUUAACAGAGAAAAAUGUCAAAUUGUCUUUUGGCCAUAAAAUUCAGAAACCCGAAGAGCUCAAAGGAAAGACGUUCUGCAAAUACCACAGUUCCUUGUCUCACAACACUAAUAAUUGCGUUGUUCUGCGAGAUGUCAUCCAGAAAUUGAUAGACCAACGGCCUGGAUAA